GUUGGAAUAUAUGACGCCAUAUCAGUGCGACACUCUUACUUACGAAACAAAAUGGCGUCCUACUGUUUCACCGUCACUCGGUUGAGGCUGGCCCUUGUAGCCGGUACAAGGCGGCUGCAUAUGUCUGCUGCCCUCAGUGCCAAGGCCAAAGUGGCUAUGAGCCGCUUUGAGCCUGGUUCCAGCAUUAACUACGAGCAGAUGCAUGAGAACAUCAACAUUGUGCGAAAGAGACUCAACAGACCUCUCACUCUGUCUGAAAAGAUUGUGUACGGUCAUCUGGACGAUCCGGCAGGGCAGGAAAUUGAGCGCGGUCGCACUUACUUGCGCUUGCGUCCGGACCGCGUGGCGAUGCAAGAUGCUACAGCUCAAAUGGCAAUGCUCCAGUUCAUCAGCAGCGGUCUACCCAAAGUGGCAGUGCCGUCCACCAUUCACUGUGAUCAUCUGAUUGAGGCGCAGAUCGGAGGGGUUCAGGACUUGCAGAGGGCUAAGGAAAUAAACCAGGAGGUUUAUAAUUUCCUGGCAACCGCUGGAGCCAAAUACGGAGUAGGCUUCUGGAAGCCUGGUUCAGGAAUCAUCCAUCAGAUCAUCUUGGAGAACUACGCGUAUCCUGGGGUGAUGCUGAUUGGUACCGACUCACAUACUCCUAAUGGUGGCGGUCUGGGUUGUGUCUGUAUCGGCGUUGGUGGGGCUGAUGCUGUGGAUGUUAUGGCCGGAAUCCCCUGGGAGCUCAAGUGUCCCAAAGUAAUAGGAGUGAAGCUAACAGGCUCCCUCUCAGGCUGGACGUCUCCAAAGGAUGUCAUCUUAAAAGUGGCCGGAAUACUGACUGUUAAGGGUGGCACAGGAGCCAUUGUCGAGUAUCAUGGGCCUGGAGUUGACUCGAUUUCUUGUACAGGUAUGGCCACCAUCUGCAACAUGGGUGCUGAAAUUGGCGCCACCACAUCCCUUUUCCCCUUCAACCACCGCAUGAAGACUUACCUCGAGAAAACUGGUCGGGGAGAGAUUGCCGCUCUCGCGGAUAAGUUCAAAGAGGACUUGGUUCCUGAUAAUGGUUGCGAAUAUGACCACAACAUUGAGAUUAACCUGAGUGAGUUGAAGCCACACAUCAAUGGGCCUUUCACCCCUGACUUGGCCCACCCCGUGUCUGACAUCGGUGCCAUUGCUCAGAAAAGCGGCUGGCCACUCGAGGUUAAAGUCGGUCUGAUUGGCAGCUGCACAAACUCAAGCUACGAGGACAUGGGCAGAGCCGCCUCCCUUGCCAAGCAGGCCUUGGAUAAAGGCAUGAAGUGCAAGGCCCAGUUCACAGUCACCCCUGGUUCGGAGCAGAUCCGUGCCACCAUUGAGAGGGACGGAUAUGCCAAGAUCCUGAGCGACGUUGGUGGGAUUGUACUAGCCAAUGCAUGUGGACCUUGCAUCGGCCAAUGGGACAGGAAGGAUGUGAAAAAAGGAGAGAAGAACACCAUCGUCACUUCCUACAACAGGAAUUUCAGUGCUCGCAACGAUGCUAACCCAGCUACACAUGCUUUUGUCACUUCACCCGAAAUUGUCACCGCUUUGGCUCUCGCCGGCACACUGAACUUCAACCCAGAGACGGACUACUUGACCGCUCCUAACGGAGAGAAAUUUAAAUUGGAACCCCCCAGUGGUGAUGAGCUCCCCUCCCGAGACUUUGACCCUGGCCAAGAUACCUACCAGCAUCCUCCAGCUGAGGGCAGCUCGGUGAAGGUGGAUGUAAACCCUUCCAGCAACCGCCUGCAGCUAUUGGAGCCCUUUGACAGGUGGCACGGAAGAGACCUGGAAGACAUGAAGGUCCUAAUAAAGGUGAAGGGAAAGUGCACUACGGAUCACAUCAGUGCCGCCGGUCCCUGGCUGAAAUUCCGCGGUCACCUCGACAACAUCUCUAACAAUAUGCUGAUCGGUGCUGUUAACACAGAGAAUGAUGCAGUCAACAAAGUUAAGAAUCAUCUUACUGGAGAGUAUGAUGGAGUGCCGGAUGUCGCUCGCCACUACAAGGCCAAUGGAGUCAACUGGGUGGUGAUCGGAGAUGAGAACUACGGUGAAGGAUCCAGCAGAGAGCACGCAGCCCUGGAGCCUCGACACUUGGGCGGACGUGCGAUCAUUGUCAAAAGUUUUGCUCGAAUCCACGAGACCAACUUGAAGAAGCAGGGUCUGUUGCCACUUACUUUUGCCAACGCAAGUGACUAUGACAAAAUUCUCCCCGACGACCACAUUUCAAUCACCGGCCUGAAAUCCUUUGCCCCUGGCAAGCCACUGAUGGCGGUCGUCAAACAUCGCGAUGGCAGCCAAGAGUCCAUCUCCCUAAACCACACUUUCAAUGAGACGCAGAUUGAGUGGUUCAAAGCUGGCUCUGCCCUCAACAGGAUGAAGGAGCUACAGUAAUUGGUUGAGGGAAGGAAGGUGAAGCUUAUAGUGGCCAUCGAAGGUCCUCAUCAUGCAUGAUGAAGGUGAAAAAUGUGAACAGAGAGGAGGAAGAGACCGUUUAUGAUAACCACACUUGCACGGUAAUCCUUUUUGGAAAGGACACAUUUGCACACACAAGGUCGCUGGACAGAUGAAAAGCGCACACAGCCACAGAUUGGAUUGCACAAUUCAGAGUCAAGCGCAGCAAAAGCCCAGCCAAUUUAGUGUGAGAAGCUUAGCAAAUCAUAUAUUUCAGGGUUGUAGCACACUAACUGGUUGUGCUCCUUAUUUUAGUCACACACACACUGUUUGCGUUUAAGUGCCGCAUAUAUCAGAGAGAGAGAAAAUGAGUGAGAGAAGAAUACUGUAUGUUAGAUGUUGGAUAACAUCUCUGUAUUAUCCGUCCAAACUGAAUUUCAAAGCAGAAGGUUGUUCAGCCCACACUCCUCUCUGUAAAAAAAACAAAAAAGUGUCUUUGUUGAUCUUUUCUGGUGUAAUUAAUUGACAUGGAUGUCUGCCUUAGUUGAUUUCAAUUUUGCAGACAAAAUACCCCAAUAAUCACGGUGCAAGGACUUUUACUCUGAUGUGCGCAGGAAUAUCUGUAUGUUUCUCGAUCGUCUUUCUUAAGGCAAACCAUUUACAUGCUGCUACUAUUCUUAGUAUUAACUUGCCUUUUUAUGUAUUUGUGCAUUUGCGAAAUCUGCAGUGGGGAAAAUUUGGGUUACUGAAAAAGGUGAGAUUAAUUAAUGCUUUCUUACCUUCUUUACCUGUAACAGGCAUCAAAUGAAUGACUGAAUGAAUGAAUUAAUGUGUAUCUUUUGGGAGGUAGGAGGGAGGUUGGUCCUAUAUAAAGCUUUGUUAUACUACCUAACACACAAUAGUGUCCAAAUGCCUCUACACUGGCCCUUUGUUUCUUUUAGAUUACGUAGUUAUUUAUCCUAAAUCUAUGAUUUGUGUGAUUAUUUUGGCCCUGAUAGAUCAUGAGAUAAUUCAGUAUUCACACAUGAGUACUUCAAUAAUGUUCUCCGUUAGCUGUAUCUAAUAUGUGCAGUGCAGAAAUCAUGAGGUUGUUUUUAUUUUUGUCUUCUUGUUCUACUCUACAGAAUGAAUACUGUUUUUUUUAAUAUAGUGAUGAACACUCCAUAAAUGUGCUUAAAGGUCACAGUUUGUUGUGAAUGAUUUGCUACAUUGCUGCACUAUGUGUGGACGUGUGUACAUAAAAAACAAAAUAAAUAUAUAUUCAAGUCAAAUAU